CUCUAUCUCUAUAAUUAUUAAAAUUUUCAGAAGGAAAAUACUAGUUCUUUUGCACUAUUUGUCUACUGUGGGGCAUCCUAUGGAUGCACACACUUGUUCAUGAUGCUUUCUCAGUCAGAAGAAUUGUCAUCCCAGAGUUUGGAAUUGGCUGAAUCUAUAUACUCAACGAAAUGGUAUGAGAUGCCUGUAGAACAUCGAAAACUUUUAUACAUCAUGCUGGUGAGAGCCCAGAAACCUCUAGUUUUUUCUUGUGGCGGCCUUUACAUGGCGAAUUUAAAUACAUUCAUGAAGACGAUGAAAACUGUCUACACCAUAGUCAAUGCUCUGAUAAACUUGAAUAAGUAACUCGAGCAGCUAUAUGACUGAAAUUGAAAAUUAGCAGUAUUCGCACCAUGAAAUUAUUAUGAAAUCGAUUUAUUAGGAAUAAAGCAUUAGACAAAUGAAAUUGAAUUACUUUAAGUACACUAGAAGUUUACCGAUAACAAAAAAAUUGAAAAAAAGCCAUUCUCUAUUAACAAAAAAAUUAGAGGACACCAGA